AUGAGGCUCCAGGCGCCCCUGGCGGUGCCGAUCGAGCGGCCGGAGGGAUUGCGGCUGGUGAAGAUGACGAAGUUCGUGGGGCUGGAGGCGGCGCCGUGGGAGGGCGGGGAGGACGAGGGCGUGGCGUGGGCGGGCGACCAGGCGGUGAUUCGGUGGCGGUACGGGGAGGACGGGCAGCCGGAGAGCAACGCGAGGUUUGUGCGCUGGUCAGAUGGCAGCCUGAUGCUCUUUGUGGGCGACGAGGCGUUCGAUGUCACUGAGCAGGACACAACGAUCGACCACACCUAUCUGUUUUUGCGGCACGAGAGCCUGAUGCAGGGCAUGUGCCAGCUGAAGGAGAAGCUCGUCUUCCGGCCUGCCCAGGUGAAGAGGCUGUCAAUGGCCACCACCCCAGGCAAGGCAGAGGGGCCUGCACAGAGGAAGGUGAAGAUGACGGCCAACCUUGUGGACCCCAUCAAGGAGAUGGAGAGCCGCAGCAAGCGCCAGGAGGAGAUGAUCAGGAGCAGUGAGCACCUGAAGCGUCGCCAGCAGAAGAAGAUGCGUGGCUACCAGGGCUUCCGACUGGAAACCUCUUACCUGGAGGAGGACAUGGAUGAGGAUGAAGAGGAAGAUGGGCAGGGCGAGGGGGGAGAUAGGGGGCUAGCUGCCCUCUCUGCUGAGCGGGCCAGGAGGAGCCUGAAGCAGCAGCGCAGGGUGGACGAUGAGCAGGAGGCUCUUGCCGAGCAGCGCAUUCUGCGAGCCAAGCGUGAGGCACCUCAUGAAGACGCCACACCGGUGCCCAAACGCAGGCGGAGAUCUCCCAUCGACGAAGAGGAGGAGGAUGCCUACGCUCAUGAAGGCAGGGAGGAGGAAGGAGAGGCCUCAGAUGCUGAGGAGGCCGACUAUGACCCCACGGCAUCCCAGAGUCGCGGGGGUCCAAGGACCGCCAACGGCCGUGUACAUGAUGCCGAAGGGCAGGCAGGACAAGGAAAGCAGGAGGAAGAGGAUGAAGAGGAGGAAGAAGAGGAGGACGAUGAUGAGCUGGUGGGCGUGAGGAUGAGGCGCCGGCCAGUGGUGGUGAUGUCGUCGGAUGAUGAUGAAUAG